GUCACACACCAUGACCAGUGAAAGGGAACACGUGCGACUUGCACAAUCAAUGAUUCCAAACUCUCACAGCUUUGUCGCCAAAGGUUCGUCUUUUUUUGAAAAAUGGGAUCAAUUACCCUCACCAGAUGAAGUGCAGGCACGCGCUAAGGCGCAACAUCUCGCCGGAGUGUAUCCUGACCGAAGGAAAGUCCUUCCAAUGGAUGCUCCAUAUGUCAGACCGCCACCUGUCCUCUUCGAAGAGAUGGGUCUCUUUGUUAAGUGGGGAAGCUCUGUUCAGAUAUCCGAAGCUCAGUGCCUCUAUGCCGUACGUGAACUCCUCAAAGGGGAUGUUCCUGUGCCCGAAGUGUAUGGCUGGCGCACCGAGGGAAACGAGAAAUACAUUUACAUGGAGUAUGUGAAUGGAACAUCGCUUGAGCAAGUAUGGUCAAUCAUGGGACCUGAGGACAAAGCCGGCAUCUGUCGCGAACUCAGGACAAUUUAUCAGCGCCUACGACAGGUCGAACAGGACCCAGAGGACCCAUUUGUAGGCAGCAUUACGAAAGGACCGCUUUACGACAGGGCAUUUCAUGUGAACUAUAUGCAUGAAGCAGGCCCUUUCGCUACAGUUCGCGACUUUCACGACUGGUUUACAUUUCUUCACCGAAGACCGAUGUCAGAUCCGUACUCAGUUCCAGUGGAACCAUUCCGCCAUGACCUCCCGGACGACUGUGCAAUCAAACUCACUCAUGGCGAUCUCCAUCGCAGUAACAUCAUCGUCACACCCACACCCCCAUACCGUAUUCUGGCGGUUGUCGACUGGGAGCAAUCUGGUUGGCUGCCUGAGUACUGGGAGUCUCGCAAGGCGCAAUAUACCGCUGACAGAGCUGAACCAUGGUCCACCACCUACCUGCCCAUGAUUCUGGAUCAAUUUGCUAGUACUUGGGAUCCAUGGGACUACUACACAACGGCAAUGGGAUGUUGAGUCGUUACACACUGCUUGGAUGUUCCUUGCGGCUUGUUGCUACUGAUGGCUAGUCAGGGAGACUUUUAUCCAUCGUGAGAAAAUCAAAAAUCAUUGAUACCCGUCAGAUCAGUUAAUGAUUUGUUACUUCAUACAGUAGCCUUCCGGGUAUGGAAU